AAUUAUUCCUUCACAGACAUUGCACUACGCACAGACCGAGAAAGCAAAAUGAGGACACCAACCGUCGCUGGGAAGGAAUGGGAAUGUGAAUAGGUGUCAGGGUAGUGAGGUGGUCUGAGGUCGAUCUCUCUCUCUCUCUGUUGCUAAGCCUAUUAUGCUGGCCUCCCUCGGGAUCUUACUUUGUUUCUUGAUUUGAAUUAAAUUAAUUGAUUAAGGAUCCAGAAAUGGUGGUAUCGGAUGGCCCCAUCAUCAGCGUUGGACAGGUUGCGUUUUUUCUGGGAAUUAUUCCCAUUUUUGUGGCAUGGAUAUAUUCGGAGUUCCUAGAGUACAAGAAAACUUCAUCCCUUUCCAAACUUCAUUCAGACAAUAAUCUGCUUGACUUGGAAAAGGAGACAAUCAAGGAAGAUGAUCGGGCCGUUUUGCUGGAGGGAGGCCUUCCUAGAUCAGCAUCUGCCAAAUUUCAUAGUUCUGCCAUCAAAAUGAACUUAAUUAGGUUUAUGACUAUGGAUGACUCUUUCUUGCUAGAAAACCGAACAACAUUGAGAGCAAUGUCUGAGUUUGGUGCAGUUCUGGUGUACUUCUAUAUCUGUGAUCGCACAAAUAUACUGGGAGAAUCUACGAAGAACUACAACCGUGACCUUUUUGUCUUCCUCUACCUUCUUCUCAUCAUAGUAUCAGCAAUGACAUCAUUGAGGAAACAUACUGACAAGUCAACUUUUACUGGAAAAUCCACACUUUACCUUAACCGGCAUCAGACUGAGGAGUGGAAAGGGUGGAUGCAGGUCAUAUUCUUGAUGUACCAUUAUUUUGCUGCGACAGAGAUAUACAAUGCAAUACGUGUCUUUAUUGCCGCAUAUGUUUGGAUGACUGGGUUUGGCAACUUCUCUUAUUAUUACAUUAGAAAGGAUUUCAGCGUGGCUCGGUUUGCACAGAUGAUGUGGCGGCUCAAUCUCUUUGUGGGGUUUUGCUGUAUUGUCCUUAACAACGACUACAUGCUGUAUUAUAUUUGUCCAAUGCACACGCUAUUUACUGUAAUGGUCUAUGGAGUCCUUGGUAUUUUUAACAAGUAUAAUGAGAAUAGCUCAGUGAUUGCUGUGAAGAUUCUUUCAUGCUUUCUCAUGGUUAUCUUGAUUUGGGAAACACCUGGAGUUUUUGACAUGCUCUGGAGUCCAUUAACAUUCCUAUUAGGCUAUACUGAUCCUGUGAAGCCUGACCUUCCUAGGCUGCAUGAAUGGCACUUCAGAUCGGGACUUGAUCGCUAUAUAUGGAUCAUUGGGAUGAUAUAUGCUUAUUUUCACCCCAAUGUCGAGAAGUGGAUGGAAAAGUUGGAGGAAUCUGAAAUCAAGAAGAAACUCUCAAUCAAAACAGGCCUAGUAGCUGUUUCAUUAUCUGUUGGUUAUCUGUGGUAUGAAUGUAUUUACAAGCUGGACAAAGUUUCAUACAACAAGUACCACCCCUACACAUCAUGGAUCCCCAUAACUGUUUACAUUUGCUUGCGGAAUUGCACUCAGCAGCUCAGGAGUUUCUCUUUGACUCUCUUUGCUUGGCUGGGCAAGAUAACUUUGGAGACCUAUAUUUCGCAGUUCCACAUCUGGUUGAGAUCGGACAUGCCCAAUGGACAGCCUAAGUGGCUUCUUUCUGUUAUUCCUGAAUAUCCAUUACUGAAUUUCAUGCUUACAACAGCCAUCUAUGUCCUAGUAUCUCAUCGACUUUUUGAACUGACUAAUACGCUAAAGACAGUUUUCAUACCCACAAAAGACAAUAUGCGGCUGUUUUACAAUUUUGUAGCUGGGGCUGCUAUAUGUCUGUGUUUGUACUGUGGAGCAGUCGUUCUUCUUCAUAUCCUUCAUUCAGCAGUAAGCCCCUCACUUGUGCUUGAGAAUAAUAUGGUAGCUUCCGAUGAUUCAGAAUUAUGUAGCUAACCAUACAAGACUCAUGAUGGUUGAGACAGUGAGAUCCAAUGAUCAAUAACUGCCUAUCUGCUGAUGGGAUUUUGUUGUGAUUUCGUUACUGCUCUAAAAUUUAUUUCAAUGU